CAGCAUCAGCGGGGGCAACAGCCACUUUGGCGGCGGCGUUGGAGGCGGCUCGGGGUUGAAGGGGAAGCGCGGGGCGAGCCCGACGGAGCUGCCGAAGGAGGACAAGAUGGGCGAGGUGCGGCUGUCGAAGCGGCCGAGCUUGAAGCGGCGGCAGCGGAGUAGCGACGAGGGCGCGUUGGCGCUGGCGCAGGCGCAGGCGCUGGGCGAGGGCGAGGGCGCGCCUGGGCUGUGGUAGGCGGGACGGACGCUAGUGGAUAGUUGGUUGGGCGUGAUUGAACCGACUUCGCGCGUCGGUCACGCGUGGCCCUCUCGGUCAACGUUGAACCCUCGAGCGCGAGUCGCGAGCGCAGAACGAAAAGUCCCAGAUCCGGAUCCAGACCCUGUUCGUGAUGUGGAUGUGGACGGAUCGUCUAGCUAGCGCCGGACGGACUUUUUUUCUCUCCGUCACCCUGUUUUGCGGAUUCUCUCGCCUAGCCCUGAUGUUGCUCGGUUUCGUUCGAACAUCCUCCCGUCUCUCAUCCCUCGCUCGUCCGUCCGUCCGCUCACCCUGCUGGGGUGUUUGCCGGGACAUGCAUCUGCUUUUUGCCUUCGACCGUGGCCGUACUCUGUACUUUGUACCCCCGCCGCUCCAGCUUCUCGGUUUCGGUCUCGGUUUCGCACUGGACCUCGGACGGCUCGCCUCGUUUGCAUCUGGUUUCGUGAAUAGUCCGUUCCAUCCGUCCGUCCGUCCGUCGGGGGGGUUUUUUUUCCCGUCACGCUUGCUUGCUCGUUCGUGUAGGACUUUGGAGUACUCGUCUUCUUCUCUCGAUAUCUUUUCGUGUCUUUUCGGUUUCGGUUUCGGUUUCGUUUCUGACUUGUCCCGUCGCGCGUCCGAUUUGGACCGUCUGCCUCCCCUUUUCUUUUCUUCGAGUCUGUAUGUACGUUUGGAUGCAAUGGCGUUGUCGUUGCCGGUAUGAUAGAUAGACUGUGUGUCGUCGUGCAGCGUGGAUUGUGCUAUAGACGCGUCGGUGAAACAGCU